CCCCAUUCAUCCCCAUCAUCGGCCUCCGAUCCGCACUGAGCAUGCGCAGAGCGAUGGGAGGGGGGGCGCUCCGUUGCCAUGGAGACGCGCUGAGGGCGUUGCUAUGGAGACGCCGGCGGAAGCCACGCCCCCUCCCUCCCGGCCACGCCCCCUCCGCGCGUUGCCCUGGCGACAGGGGGCGUGUCCCGCUCGUCCCCUCCCCUCCCUCCCCUCCAACCAAUCAGCGCCCUCCCCUUCGCCCCGCCCCUCGCUCUGAUUGGCCGAGCCCUCCCUUCGGCCCCGCCCACCCGUCUCCCCUCAGCGCUCCGCCGCCAUUUUGGCCGGGCGGGGGAGCGGUUGCGGCCUAUGCUCCUCUCCGAGGCCUGGGGUGGUUAUGGGGCAGCCCCAUAGAUUCUGUGGGUCCCGUCGGUCGCACGAUGCCGCUCGGACCCAUUGACGACAAUGGGGCCGCGUUGUUCGUGAAGGAGGAUCCCGAGAAGCGCUUCGGGGACCUGCGGGAGAUCGGGCACGGCAGCUUCGGGGCCGUCUACUACGCCCGGGACCUGCGCACAGCUGAGGUUGUGGCCAUCAAGAGGAUGAACUACAGCGGCAAACAGGCCAAUGAGAAGUGGCUGGACAUCGUCAAGGAGGUGUCUCUGCUGCGGCGCCUGCAUCACCCCAACACUGUCCAGUACAGGGGCUGCUUCCUAUGGGGCCGCACAGCCUGGCUGGUGAUGGAGCAUUGCGUGGGCUCGGCCUCGGACCUGCUGGAGGAGCACCAGCAGCCGCUGCAGGAGCUGGAGAUCGCGGCCAUCGUCCAUGGGGCGCUGCAGGGGCUGCAAUACCUGCACAUGCACAGCGUCAUCCACAGGGACGUGAAGGCCGGAAACAUCCUCCUGACUGGGCCUGGACUGGUCAAACUGGGAGACUUUGGCUCCGCCUCCACCUCGGCCCCAGCCAACUCCUUCGUGGGGACGCCAUAUUGGAUGGCGCCGGAAGUGAUCCUGGCCAUGGACGAGGGCCUCUACGAUGGCAAAGCCGACGUGUGGUCCUUGGGCAUCACCUGCAUUGAGCUGGCGGAGCGGAGGCCGCCCCUGUUCAACCUGAACGCCAUGAGCGCCCUGUACCGCAUCGCGCAGGAGCCGGCCCCGAUGCUGCAGCCCAGGCACUGGUCCGACUCCUUCCGCUCCUUCGUCUCCUCCUGCCUGCAGAAGGCGCCAUUGGCCCGGCCCAGCUCUGACGUCAUCGCGCAGCACGUGUUCGUGGCGCGGGUGCUGCCCACGUGGGUGCUGCCGGAGCUGCUGCGGCGCUGCCGGGAGCCGGCCUGGAGACAGCCCCAUGGCUCCAGCUCCAGCUCCAGCCUGGACCAGGACGAGGAUGAGGAGGAGGAUGAAGCUUCCCCAUUGGCCGAGCAGGACUCAGGCUCCGCCCCCAGCUCCAGCGCCGACCAAUCAGCUGAGCAUUCCAGAGGCCGGGAAUGGCGGCAGCCGGAGCACCAGUGUUCCCAGUAUAGAGACCAGUGUUCCCAGUAUAGAGACCAGUGUUCCCAGUACACAGACCAGUGUUCCCAGUAUAGAGACCAGAGCCCCCAGUAUAGAGACCAGUGUUCCCAGUAUAGAGACCAGUGUUCCCAGUACACAGACCAGUGCCACCAGUAUAGAGACCAGAGCCCCCAGUAUAGAGACCAGAGCCCCCAAUAUAGAGACCAGUGCCACCAGUAUACAGAUCACAGCCCCCAGUAUAGAGACAACAGCCCCCAGUCCACAGACCAGUGUUCCCAGUAUAAAGACCAGUGCUCCCAGUAUAGAGACCAGUGCCCCCCCUUUACCCCCUCC